AUGGCAAAUCGAAUGAACAAAAUAACUUUGGAUUGCACUAUCGAGGUGACAUGGUAUAUGAAAACUACCAAAGGUGGCAUUCUUGCUAACAAAAAAAUUCUAGAAAAGAAUGCUUGCGGAUUAGUGCUCAAUAACAAAGAAAAUAUAGUUGCUUUUGAUGAGAAAAUUGGUGAAUUUAGAGUGGAUGGAGACGUUCAUUCGAUUGGCGGGAAAUUUUGGUAG